UUAUUGUAGGAAUUGUAGGUUGGGUUGGAAUUUUAUAAUAUAAUAGUCAUGAAUCGUCUGUCCUCAUAAGUUUUGAAGAUAUAAAUCAAUUAUAAUUCAUACUUGUUUGAAAACAAGUCCUACUGCUGUCCACAUGCUACAAAUAGUGCCACUGUGUUUACAAAUAGUUUACGAUGGAGUCAUCAGCAUUACAGGGCACUGAAAGUAUUACCGUGAAGACUGAGCCCGGUGAGGAUGCGUGUAUGACGGAUUUAUCAACGAUCGCAGUGUCUGUGAAAGUGGAGCAUUUGCUGGACGAUGUGUGCGUCAAGGACGAACCUAGACCCGAUGGUGUGUGUAUAAACAGUGAGCCAUCGAGCUCAGAAGUGAGUGUAAAAGAGGAGUCAGCCAGCGCGCGCGUGGCGGCGGAGCUGUACGCCGGCCACGCGGUGAAGGACGAGCUCGUGCUCGGCCCCGAGCUAGUGGAGCGCCGCCCCGUGCGACACGCAUCAGUGGCGUCAAAUGGGGCGAUCAAACAGCAGCAGUUGAGUGAGAUUGUCCCCAGGGGACCCUUCCUAAGGGACUGCAGUGUGCGGUUGAAUCGUCUUGACAUGGACAAGCUUCUCACGCACAUUCGGAGUACAGACCGGGACAACGAGUCAGGGCAAACUCCACAGAAGAUAUCAAGUGGCGGACCCGAAACCUACAGAUGUGCACACUGUAAAUAUACAACGGUUCAAAAACUACGCUUAAUUAGGCAUUUGAGUAAACACUGUGACCCGUGUAACUAUACUUGCAGCUCAAAGAGUUGUCUGACAAUUCAUUAUAAGAAACACACCGAUGAAAAGCCAUAUAAAUGUAACCAGUGCAACUACGCUAGUAGCCGGAAAAAUCAGUUGCUUAGUCAUGUAAGGACACACACUGGGGAAAAGCCAUAUAAAUGCAAGCAGUGUAACUACGCGAGUAGCCACAAACAUCAUUUGCAACGUCAUGUAAGGACACACACUGGGGAAAAGCCAUAUAAAUGUGAUCAGUGUGACUACGCUAGUAGCUAUAAAAUUUCAUUGCUAGUUCAUGUAAGGACACACACUGGGGAAAAGCCAUAUAAAUGCAACCAGUGUAACUACGCUGGCAACUUCAAACAUGAUUUAAAAGUUCAUGUAAGGGCACACACUGGGGAAAAGCCAUAUAAAUGCAACCAGUGCAACUACGCCAGCAGCCAUAAAAGUUCACUGCGAGUUCAUGUAAGGACACACACUGGGGAAAAGCCAUAUAAAUGCAAGCAGUGUAACUACGCGAGUAUCUGCAAACAUAAUUUGCAAUGUCAUGUAAGGACACACACUGGGGAAAAGCCAUAUAAAUGCAACCAGUGUAACUACGCUGGCAACUACAAACAUGAUUUAAAAGUUCAUGUAAGGGCACACACUGGGGAAAAGCCAUAUAAAUGCAACCAGUGCAACUUCGCCAGCAGCCAUAAAAGUUCACUGCGAGUUCAUAUCUUGAGAUGCCAGUCAUGCUGACCAGUGUGGAAGCAACGAGGACAGCGG